CCCACAACGAUGACAAGGUAAGCGAAAUUAGAGUGUAGUGCCGUGACCCCCGCAUCAUGAUGGCGGCCCCGGCAGUGUCCAGUCACUCCACUAUGAAGUCCUCCCACCUCGCCUCCCUCACCCCGGACUGGAUGAACAAUGAAGUCCUCACUGGUACCUCCAUCAUGGCCGUGGAAUUCGACGGUGGUGUGGUGGUGGGAGCCGACUCCCGCACCUCCAUGGGUGUCUACGUCUCCAACCGCGUGACAGACAAGUUGACGCGGGUCACCGAUCACAUCUAUUGCUGUCGCUCUGGCUCGGCAGCGGACACCCAGGCCAUUGCUGACAUAGUUGCCUCCCACAUGGAGCUCCUUGAAGUGAAGCUGGGGGAUCCACCACGGGUUCAGAUUGCAGCAAAUACAUUCAAGGAAAUCUGCUACAACUACCGUGACCAACUGAUGGCCGGCAUCAUUGUGGCAGGUUGGGACAAGGCUAAGGGGGGUCAGGUUUACACAAUUCCUCUGGGAGGGAUGAUUGUUCGCCAGCCAGUAGCCAUUGGAGGGUCUGGCAGCACCUACGUUUGGGGUCACAUUGAUGCCGCCUACAGACCAAACAUGACUAAAGAGGAGACAGUGGAUUUUGUGAAAAACACGCUGACCUUGGCUCUGACAAGGGACGGCAGCAGUGGUGGGGUGGUGCGGGUUGCCAUCAUCACUAAGGAUGGAGCCGAGCGCCGUGUGUUCCUCCACAACGAACUCCCGCAGUUCUAUCAGGGAUAGUUUAUUAAAUGUUGUGUCAUUAUUAUUCUUUGACAGACCUUACCUAUAAACCCCCCCACUCCCUUUUUUUUUUGGGGGGGGAGGGGGGGAGGGGGAAGGGUUAUAGCUGGAUAAGCUACCACACAUGCUUUGCUGAGAAUGGUUUAUCAUUUGUACUAGGAAUAGAGAUAACAUACUGUGAAGAAUGGCUGGCAUCCCACAAAGUCAUUCAAACUGUUUUCAUGCCAGCUUUAAAAGUAGAUUUUCUCAUGUGUCUUUGAUACAGGUUACUUACACAUUUAUGUACUGAAAUAAAUUAUUCAGGCAACA